UGCUGGCCCUUUGCAGGUGACAGUCCUCGAGAGGACAGAUACAGUAGCAAAGAGGAAUUCUCCUCAAUCUAGAGGUACAAAGACAGUAGCAGAGAGAAAUUCUCCACAACCUAGAGGGACAGAUACAGUAACAGAGAGGAAUUCUCCACAACCUAAGCCAUGGAUCAAUCGUCUAGGCCUUCCCAGAACUCACCAGUGGACGACACAGCCGCUAGAGGUGUCAAUAGUCGUCAUCGCUCGCAACAAGAUCUGAUGGAGAUUCGCCGCCAGAGGCAGUUAAAUAAGGCAAGGAAAGAGAGGGAAGGUUUAGACCAGAAUUUUAUUCUUGAAAAUCUGGCAAAAGAUGAACCCAGUGCAGUGACAUUUUUGGAUAACUCUAGAGGAAUUGAAUUUGAAGCUGAUGGCAAUGAAAUACCCAGAAAUCCUGAAGGUUUUGUGGGUCUAAAUCCCACUGCCCUACCACAGCCAUGUGGAAAUCCCGAUGGAGCCGCGCCUUUCUAUCCAGCAUACCCCUCAAAAGAUAACCCAUGCAGGCACCAAGACCCACAGUCCCAUCUGUUUACUGCUGGGGUGUAUCCAACUAAACAACCUCUGUAUCCUCACCAACCAUUGUUUCAACCUGUGAAUCAGCCGCCAGCGAAUCAACAAGCUUUUCAACCAGUGGAUCAGCCGGUUUAUCAACCUGGGAAUCAGCCGAUAAAUCAACCUAGGAAUCAACCGAUAAAUCUACCAGUAGAUCAACAGAUUUAUCAACUUGGGAAUCAACCGAUAAAUCAACCUAGGAAUCAACCGAUAAAUCUACCAGUAGAUCAAAAGAUGUAUCAACUUGGGAAUCAACCGAUAAAUCAGCCAAUGAAUCAAAAUGAGAAUCCACAAAUCAACCAAUGGAACAUGGGCCAAUAUCCACAGAACGCAACCCCUCAACCCUACAACCCACAGAACAACGUGUGGUCGACCAACCAGCCGGAUGAGAUAACCACACAGCAACCACACAGCCAAACUGAUGUUAUCAUUAAAAGACAGGAUGAAGAUCAGACAUGUACAUCAGUAGUUUACUUAAUCAUCAGCGUCUUCGCAAUAUUGUUCUGCUGUUGCCCAUUGGGCACUGUUGGUCUUGCUUACUCACUGUAUGCUUACACCUUGAACACCGACGGAGACUUCACAACAGCCAAACGUCGGGCCGACACCGCCUGCCGCUAUAAUAUUGCUGCUGUGUUGUGUGGUGUGGUGAUAUACGGCGUGUCUAUAGCUGUGGUGCUGAUAUCGUCGAGAGACGAGACGAAACAAUAAAGCACUGGGACGGCACUUGGAGGUCAUGAUCAUGUGACGGGUUGAGGUCAAGGCGACAUUGACAGCAAGACAACAACGACAACACAGAAGACAAAAUUUCAUAAAAUGUGGUGUUGCCAUCACAAAAUGUGUAUAUUUUAGCUAGUGCAGCUCUUGUUAUUGAUAAGCAGUUGGGAGACAGU